AUGGUUACCGCAUCACAGUUCUUCACCGGCGAGGUGGCUGCAUUCGACGCGCAGCAGGUUGAGAUGCAAGUGCUGCGAAUCAAUGCGGCGGCGCUCAAUGUGCGGCGCUCAGAGUGCCUCACGCGGCAUAUGGACGAUUCGGCUGCGGACACUUGUGUCCACGCGCUACAUGUUGUCCACGUUGCACACGCUGCCAGCGAGCUCGACGCCUGUUUCGGUGGCGCAUUAGGACGCUAUGCCUGACCUCGGCUUGAGUUAGUCGGCUCUCUCCUGUUCAGUGCUGCGAGUUACAUUAAGGCACGUGGCUGGUAAACGCGGCCUUUAAAGAAGGAGGAUGGAGAGAUGCAUGCAAUGUAGGUGUCGACGCCGACGCCGACGCCGCUACACGGCCGCGUUUGAUCGGUCCUGGAUACUU